AUGGCUUGUGAGAAAUCCGCAAUCGUCAUUGUCGUUCCAUACUUGCUUGGGACUCAGACAUGUGGCCUCCGGACUCGUCUUAAGAACGAGGCUCCCGUUAUCCACCCAUCCCUACCGAGCAUUUCGGAUGUGGAUUGCGAUGAUUUUCCCACCCUCACCCUGACCGACGAUGCCAUUGCCGGGACGCAGGCUCUAGUUGAGGAAAGGAAGUCCAUUGUCGUGGUAAUGCAUUCCUCUAGGGGAAUUGUCGGCAGCGAAGCGAUUACCCAGAGUCUCAUCUCUGCAGCCUGCAAGAUAAAGGGAGUGCUAUUUCAUCUCUUCUACUAUUCAGCUUUUAUUCAUGGGAAGGGGAGCUCAGCCCUGGGAACUUUUGGAGAGUUUCCGAAUAAAGAUGUCAGGGCCGACAGCCGGUUUAGUAUCAAGAACGGGGCUAAGACUCUCUAUAACGAUCUGUCGGACAAGGAAGCAAAAAUGUACGACGUCGGUCACGCGCGUCAUGUACGAGUAUAUGUGGUCAACGUAUCUUGUUUGAACGACCAGGCUGCUCCUCCUCAGUUUCAGGAAAUGGUUGCUGGGAUGGUGCUGGCUGAGAUUCAACGCUGUACCGCAGGAUACUCUCCCAUGCUGAGCCAGGCCGAUAUGUAG